GGCUCAGGGCUAGGGCGGAAGGGCAGCCUGCCCUGCCAAUAGUGGAUGGGGGGCACUCGGACCCUGUGGCAGCAGUUGAUGCCAGGAGCCGGCAGAGCAGACUCAGUGAGAGCUGCAGGCUCUGGGGCCCAGGGGAGUGUAUAAAACCAGGCUUGUUAGAAUUCAACAAGUGGAUAGUUCUGACUACUACAUCAUGGAAAUUGUGGAACUCAUUAAGGCAGGGACUGAUGAAGAUCCACAAGGAAAAACCCGCCCAUUCAUCAGCCACAUAAAAUGCAGGGAGUCUCUGAGGCUGGAGCGUAACAAAGACUACUUGAUCUGGGGACUCAGCACCGACUUGUGGCCCAGGGAAGCUGAGCUAUCCUACAUCAUUGGCAAGGACACCUGGAUCGAGAAGUGGCCCAACGAGGACGAAUGCCGGAAGCCGGAUUUCCAGAACCUCUGCCAGGAAUUCCUUGAGUUCUCUGAAGCCAUGACCAUGUUUGGCUGCCCAGUCUAAACUUGGACCCAGCUUUCCCAGCAGCCCCAAGGGGACAGUUUGAGCUGAGAUGGAGCAUAACCCUCAAGGUGGAGACAUCUCCACUCAGAGUCCCAGUGCUGCUGACACUCGCCACUAGCCCUGUCCUCUUCGGGGGUUUCACUCUCUUUUCUUCUUAUUUUUUUCCAUAUAUAUAUAUAAAUAAAUAAAAGGCUGAUUUCUUA